CAUGGACAUCAUAGCCUAGCCUCUUUUACUAACGUACUAUAUCUACUGCAACCAAUAUGGGCUACAACCUCGCCGUCCUAGGAUGCGGUACUAUGGGCAUCGCCAUCCUCUCCGGAGUCUUCACCUCGCUCCAAUCCCGUCCCCUCUCCCCGCAGACCCCUAACGAAUCGGUCUCAGGUUUCUCGACCCCUACGCAAUCGUUCUCCCUCUCCGCUCCUGAAGCUUCCCUCCCUUCUGGCUUUAUCGCGACCGUCGGCCGGGAAGAGACCGUCAGGAAGCUUAGCAAGACCUUGAACGCCAUGGAAUACGUCUCUUCCGGCCGAGCGGGCGGUAACGGCGUCCAAGUCUUGGCUGGACCCGAGAGCAACUUGCAAGCGGUCACCCAGAGCGAUGUCAUCCUCCUCUGCUGUAAACCACAGAUGGUAGCCGGGAUCCUCACUCAGGAAGGGAUGUCACAAGCUCUCGAGGGAAAGAUGGUCAUCAGUAUCUGUGCGGGAGUGAGGAUGGAACAGCUUAAAGAGCUGUGUCCGGAGAGCACGGUCUGUCUCCGAGCCAUGCCCAACACGCCUAGCAAGAUCGGCGAAGGAAUGACAGUGAUAACUCCUCCCCCGACAUCAUCACAAUCAUCUCCCCUGACCCGCCAGAUCCUCCUCUCCCUCUUCACCCCCUGUGGCAGAGUCCGUUUCCUGGACGAGAAACACUUCGACGCCUGUACAGCCUUGGCGGGGUCCGGACCGGCCUUUGUAGCGCUCGUACUAGAGGCCAUGGCGGAUGGAGGUGUCAUGAUGGGCUUGCCUAGGGCAGAAGCUUUGGAGCUUGCUGCGCAAACUCUGCAGGGGACGGGAAGGAUGGCACUUCAGACGGGUCUUCAUCCGGCCCAACUCAAGGACAGCGUGACGACUCCGGGAGGAUGCACGAUCGCAGGUCUCCUCACGCUGGAAGACGGCAAAGUUCGAUCGACGAUGGCGAGAGCGAUCCAGGUCGCCACAUUACACGCUGCCGGUCUUGGUCAGAGCAAGAACUAGAAGUAGAACCGCUGUGGGGGACCAUGUCGCCCUCUUCAACCAUACCAGGCGCUGUCGCGAAUUGCUCGUUGAUGUGCCCGGAUUAUGCAUGUCAUUCCGUCCAAUGUACUGAUUCAA